AUGUCGAGUCUUCUCGGCGAAUGUUCCACUCCGCGCUCGUCGAGGGACGAGUCUAUAAGACGAUUUGAUACAAUAUACAUUCCAUCCGAUGACUAUAUCACCCCCACCGGCUUUAUGGGCCUUUACACUUCACCCAAGCGGCAAAUCAAAGAUGGCAUUCCAUAUAUCUCAGGGGAUAAUGAGAUCAACAGCUUCAAGUCACAGUUUGCUAGACGUCUGCUACAAAAGCCGUUGGCGGGAUCUACCAGGAGAGCUCCGCUCCAGCAAAGCUUGAAAGUUCUCCAGGCAGGGGCGACAACAGUUGAUAUCCCUGGAACAGGUGGUGGCAAAGAAAACAUUCCUCCUGGGAUCUUCGUCAAUAUCAACAACAAAAGCAAAUCAGAAAAUCAUUUGCUCGUGUCCAAAAUAGCCCGUCCAGCUGUACAAAAUGCUAUUCUCAGAACACGUAUAACAGCCAGACCCAAAGAAGAGCGAAAGGGCCCACUGAAGCGGGUGGCUCUGGUUGAAACUCGAGGGAAUGUCGUCAGAGUCCCUAAAAAUAUAGAGUAUUCACCACCAUUUAACAAUGAUCGAGCCUCUGCCUUGAAGCGCACCUUCUCCGCCAUCGUCAUUCAACGGGCGUGGCGAUCUUUUAUAAAACAACGGGAUGAGCACGCGUGCGCUAUCGCUACAGCUAGGGCGGCGUUGGCUUAUGAGGUGAUUACUCGAUGGUGGCGCAGUGUCGGAGCUUGCAAGCUGCAAGAACCAACAGAGCAGAUGAAGCUGCAGGAGCGGCCUGAACAACCGCCUCGGCGUAAAUCUGCUGGUCAGAGAUCGGUUGUUCGCCAAAGUCACCACAAUUCUAGCCGCCGAGGCAUUCGGCGUCUCUAA